GGCAACUCCCAAGCCGUAGCUAAAUAGCAUCCCGUCUCCCAUUGCAUCAGCUGGUGUAUCCCGGCUAGACACGUUUGUAACGUAAUAUUUUUGGUUAAUUGCUAGUGUUGCAGGCUUAAUAUUUUUCCAACCAUGGCUGAAGAAGAAGCAAUCUUUGAUCCAUCUUUGAAGAAGAAGAAGAAAAAGGCAAAGAAGACCCCGUUUGAUUUUGAUGCAGCUCUAGCCGGCGGAACAGCUGGUAAUGAACCUACCGAAGUGGAAGUAGGGAAAGAGAAUGAGAACCCAGAAGAAGAAGAAGUUAAAGAUAUAGAUGACCUAGAUCUGGAUAGUUUUGGCAAGAAGAAGAAAAAGUCAAAAAAGAAGGCUUUCCCAAUUGAGGACCUUGAAGUAGCCUCACCUGAAGUAGAAGGUCAAGAUGGAGAAGCAGUUGAAGACCAAGAAGAUUUAGACCUUGAUUUUUCAAAAAGUUUAAAGAAAAAGAAAAAGAAGAAAAUCACUGGUGCUGUAGAAGAAGAAAAAGAUGAAAAAGAGGAAAGCACUGGUGUUGCAUGGACCAAUGAUGGAGACUACACAUACGAUGAAUUGCUUAAUAGAGUUUUCAACAUUAUGAGAGAAAAGAAUCCAGAAAUGGUAGCAGGAGAAAAGAAAAAGUUUACAAUGAGGCCUCCUCAGGUUGUCCGAAUUGGAACUAAGAAAACAUCUUUUGCAAAUUUCUCCGAAAUCUGCAAAAUGUUACAUAGGCAACCGAAACACGUAUUAGCCUUUCUCCUGGCUGAGCUUGGUACCAGUGGAUCUGUUGAUGGAAACAAUCAACUCAUCAUCAAAGGGCGAUUUCAGCAAAAACAGAUGGAAAAUGUAUUACGUCGCUACGUAAAAGAAUACGUCACUUGUCAUACGUGCCGUUCCCCUGAUACCAUUCUACAGAAGGAUACUCGCCUCUUUUUUCUUCAGUGUGAAACAUGCGGCUCAAGGUGUUCUGUGGCCUCCAUCAAAUCUGGUUUCCAGGCCGUGACCGGAAAGCGUGCGGCCAUUCGAGCCAAAACAGCGUAAAUUGGUUCGUUUUGAAAAGAAAAAUAUGUGCUGUGUUUUGUCAUAACGAGAGAAAUAAAUUUCUUUCGUUUA